UUUUUAAUUUUAUUUUUAUAUUAGACUCGGUCCUUCCUUUGAGGCGAUUAUUCGCUACUUCCGUCGUGCGCUUUGGCGCACUCUCCUUCUAACUAACGUUUACGAAGUCUUCUCUCUCUCUCUCUCUCUCUCUCUCUAAAUAUGGAUGAUCCGAUUUACGCUCCACCGGUUUCAACCUACCCCAACGACGCCGACGACUCGUUCAAUCGCAACCGCCCGAGGCGGCCGGCGACGAAGCUGGCACCUGGACAGGUGUCCUUCCUGGUCCUCAUCCCCGACUCCCCCGGCCGCGGAAUCAUCGGAAACGACGGAGCCGUCGUGUCGCACAUCCAGCGCGAAACGGGCACCCGGAUCCACUGCGAGCUGCCGGCUCCGGGAUCGGACCAACGGGUGGUGAGCGUGGCGGGAUCGGGCGCCGUGGACAGGAGGAUCGCCUUGCUGCACGGCGGCGAGGAGGUGCGAGACGUGUCGAGCGCUCAGGAGGCGAUGCUUAGUGUAUGGGAAGCGUUAGCACUGAGCGAGGGUGGUGCCAUGGGUGGGGAGGUGUGUUGUAGAUUGUUGGCGCACACUUCUCAGAUUGGCGCCGUGAUGGGAAAAGGUGGGAAGAACAUUAAAAGAGUGAAGAGUGAUAGCGGUGCUAAGUUUAUCAGAAUCUUGCGGGCCCACCCACAUUCCACCGCUAACGACCACCAAUUGAUUCAGAUUGUUGGUGGCAUUUUGGCUGUGAAGAAAGCACUGAUUGAUGUUUCUACCAGUCUCCAAGACAAAACCCCAACCCCCUUAAAUAGACCUAUUGGAGGCUCUUCUUCUGGAGUCUCUCCUGAUGAGUUUUUCCCAAAUCUUAGUACAUUGUUGCCAGCUUUGCCUGGUGAAAACAGUUAUUGGAAUGGAAAUACUUGGUCGCCUGAUGCAGUUUCGGCCCAAGAAAUGAACGAUAAACAAGAAGUUAUAUUCAGAAUGCUCUGUUCUAAUAAUGCAGCUGGUUAUGUGAUUGGCAAAAAAGGAACUAUAGUCAGAGCUAUGCAGAACGAAGCUGGCGCUUCUAUAAUGUUUGCAGCUCCUUUAACUGAGUCCCGUGAGCGUGUGGUUACCAUAUCUGCGUGGGAGAACAUUGAAUCAUGCUACUCUCCUGCACAAAAGGCUGUAGCUCUUGUAUUCAGUAGAAUUAUUGAGGGAAUUGUUGAAAGGUAUCCAUCAGGCUGGAGUCAGGGAAGACCUGUAACUGCAAAGCUUCUAGUUGCAUCGGACUCAGUUGGUUGUUUGGGUGGCAAUGAAGGUGAGGUGCUUUCAGAAAUGAGAGGACUCACUGGUGCUGAUAUACGGAUACUGGAUGGGGACCACAUUCGGAAUUGUGCUUCAGGGAAUGAUGUAGUAGUACAGAUUACAGGUGAAUAUAGAAUUGUACAGGAUGCUCUGUUUCAAGUCACUUGUAGUCUAAGGGAUAAUCUUUUGCCGGGUGAGGUGCGCAAGGCAGUAAGAGCAAAGUACCCGUAUAUGAGAUUGAUUGUGGACCCUCUGAGAAAUGAUCCUGUUCCUCACAAUAUAGGUGCUCUUUCUCCAUCAAGGUUGCCAUUCCCAAAGACCUUGGGAAGAGGACAAACAACAGCAAUCUCAGAUAGUGGAAGUGGCUUGAGAACAUUUGGCGAGGAUUUACAGCUUGGGAGUGGACACAAUCUUACUACUGUGGCAAAUACAAGCGUGGAGAUUUUGAUUUCUGAACAUGUCUUUAGCUCUGUUUACGGUGAAGAUGGGAGCAAUUUGGAUCGCAUAAUACAGGUGCAAAAGUUGAAGUGCAUGAUCCUCGUCCUGGCGAAGGAAAGGGGAGGGUUGUUAUAUCAGGGACACCUGAUAAAACCCUUAUGGCCCAGAGCUUGCUUCAAGCCUUCAUCCAAAGUGCAGGGAGAACACCAUAGCAUUAGUCUUAUCACAUUUGAUCAUCAAGUUAAUGGCAGAUGGUUAGACUUUGUUGCUCACGUUAACAGUCAUUUAGGAGGAGCGGGUCCCUGUGCGUUUAACAUACUUCUGUGUAGAUUUCCAGUAAUAAUCUCCUGUGCCUACUCUAAGGAGCGGGUACAGGAGAUACCUCCUUGUAGAUUUUACUUGAAGGCUAAAACAAAAUACCAGUUUUUUUUGUUUUUGUUUUUAUAUAUAUAUAUAUAUACAUACAUUUUUUAACUUGUGAAUUAGACUGAUCUUACUCUUAGCAACAGGUUUGCUAACAAGGUUUAAUACUGACCUAGAUGAGGGCAUCCUAACGUGUAAUCGGACUCACCAUUGCAUAUAUGUACUUUUAUGAUUAUAUU